UGUGGUAGCCAUGAAGUCGGUCCUUGUGUACUCGUACGACCAUUUAACUACCAAGGGAUGCUGCAGAUUGCUUAAUCCGAAACAUGCGGCUAUUACAGCUGCAAUUUACACUUUGAAUAUUUCGGUGCUGGUCGUUCUUCUGUACAGUUGGAGGAUUAGUGUUAAUGUCAAGAAAUACGCCGUGCUAGAAGAUGUCUAUUAUGGGGUGCAAAUUGCGUACCUUGCAAUUAUUGGAACGCAACUUUUCAUGAUUGUGCUUAGCGUAAUUCUCCUAUUAGGAAUUUAUAAGUUGAUAAGAAGCGUAUAA